AUUAGCUGCAACUAUAAUGAUAGCUAAUGGUAGCUAGUUGGGGAGAUUGUUGUCCAUUGGCCCAACCUCCGCUUCAGCCGUCGGCGAUAAGCAAACAGGGCGGUGGGACCGACCCCGGCGGGUCGGCGAUCGUAGCUAUUGGCAGUCACCGAUCCCUGCAAUUGUCUUCAGCUGAAAAAGCUAAUGCCUAGUGAGGUGUGCUAGCU